CAAAGUAUCAGACCAUAUCAAUUCACUGGUUCUUUAGACUCGAACCUCAUCUUUAUCACCUCCACGAGGCUCCGCCAAACCAUUAAUUAUUAUUCCUAACCAACAGAGCAGCCUUUGGAACCCACAGGCGCUCAGCCGUCUCUUUCUGACAUAGAAAUGCUUCGUGUUCAUGGCACUUCAAAUGCCAUGUCGUUUUUUGUUACUCUCCUCUGUACUUCUCAAGUGUAUGCAUCUUGCAACUCGACGGGUUCCUGCGGCACUCCAUCCUUCUUUCUGUUAACUAUCAUUGGUCUUAUAAUUAUUAUUGCCAUUCUCGCGGCUAUUUGGGGCAUUAUCCGUCGUCGCCGCAGACUCCGUCGCCAGUGCGUAGCUGCUGCACACCAGCCUGCAGUAUUGACCAUUGGCAAUGGAACACCCGGUAACAACUAUGGCAGGCCACAAUCAAACGACCUUCGCCUAUCCCCCGCGCAAACGCAAUGCCCUCCUGGCCCACAGCUAUCAAGACCUGUCCCCGCUCAAAUGAAUCCUUGGAACCGACAGGGAGUGACCCCAGUACCCUCAUUUCCUCAACCAUCCCAUUCAUCACUGAUGACAUACUCCGCACACACGCGAUCACUGUCCAUGCCUUCUCUGACGUACCAUUCACAUCCAAACCAGACCCCACAUGAUUCACCUCCCUCUUCGCUAGGUUCAUCCAACCAACCAGGCAGUUCAUCUCAACUCCCCUCUGCGUCUUCCUACUCCCAUUCUCCCCCUCCAGCACAUUCACGAGUCUCUGCCAAUAUCUCCUUUGUUGAAACACCAUCUAUUAUUGCUCCAGCUGCAUACCCGCAUCCACAUUCCUCCAUGCCCACAUCCGCUGCACAUCGGUCGCCUUCAGAGAAUAUGGAGGUGCAUUCGUUGACAGUGAACACGGCAGUUAUGAAUGAUAAGCCUCCACCAGCUUGUACCCCAAAAUAACAGAAUGUAGCAUUCAAAGGAACUCUUGCACGAGAUACCCAAUUUUAAGUAGUAU